AUGACUUCGAUGAGUGAAAGGUCCGACCCUCUCGGCCCCCCGGCCGAGGUCUUCCCGGUGAGCGAGUACAAGCUUGUAUCGCCAUCGCACAAGACAAACUGCCAGAGCACAACUCGGGCGCUCGGGGCGCCGCAGCCCGAUGACGGCCCCGCGUGGCACGAUGCGACGGUGCAGUUUGCCAUCGACGGCAUCUCAUGGCCGUUGCGGCUCACCUUUGACGUAUCGUUCGUCUCGGCGUGGCCGUGUUCUGGGGGGCCGCACCCUCUGUUUUUCGACUACGUUUUCGAGACGGUGCGCGUGGACCGCAUCGUCGAGGUGAGAGACUGGGGAGGCUUGUAUUAUGGCGGACGCGUCGGGAGCCGCGCGCAGGGCCCCGGGAGCGGGAGCAGCGAAUCCAGCGCCGCGGCGCAGCAGUCUGAAGAAGGCGAGAAGGUGCUCGUCAUUGAAGCGUUUGGGGUCCCGGACAACGAGGUGCUUGCGAGGGCCUGGUGCAGUCACUGGGGGCUGGGGGCUGUUGUCGCGGAUGUGGCCAAGACGUGCGUCGGGUGCGCGGUGCGUGAGGCGUACGCGGCGACGCUGACGGUCGUCAUUUUGGUGGACGGGCGGCUGAACGAGGAAGAGGAGUGA